AUGCCUCCAAAUAAUACCUAUGGUUCCAAUAAUUCAUCAAGUCCUCCUCAAUCGAUACCUUUACGAGAUUUAACCCGACCUCCCGAUCCCGCAGAUUUAGAAGAUUUAGGAGAUGAAGCGCGGCCGCUCACACGGGGGAGGAGUAUUCUGGGGGGAGGAGGCGUUCGUCCGAUGAGUAGCAGCACAAAUGCCGGAACCGGGUACGAAAGGCUAGAAGAUUUCUCUCCUAGUCCAGCGGACAGAUCACAGCGAACAGAUGGCUCGGCGGUGCCUUUGAGACUACAAGUACCUGUUGGAGGGGGACAUAAUAUUGAGACACAAACACCUACCUCGCCGAUGCGGAAUCCUGCAGAUUUUCAAGCCGCAAUGGGAUUCGCUGGCUUGAAUGUACCGGACAUCAGUUUAUCUCAUGCGCCCAGAGAAAGAUCCAUGUCUUUUGGAUCUGAACACUCUCUUGCACCUUAUGGAAAUUCAUAUGAGGAUCUGGGAGAUAAUGAUAAUCCUUAUUUUCCUUCCGAUUCUGAUCAAAUACCCUUGACGGAUUCAAACCACCUUCAACCAAUGAGCGGGGCACAACCUACUACUCCCGAUGGCCAGCGAAACGAUAGAUCCAGCUUUCAAUCCAUCAGCUUCCACUCACCAGGAUCAGAUUACAGAGGGUCUAGGCUAGGUGAUGAUCUUCCGCAUGCGGAAGCAGGUCUCUCAUCAUUUGGCACAAGGGCGAGAUCGGGAAGUUAUGGGGCCAACCUGUCAUCCACUGGGAAUAGAUCUAGAUCUCCAUCCAGCGCAGGGGCACUAUCUAGAGCUGGAUCGAUGGUGAGGGCUAUGUCGCAACGUGUGGUUAAUCUUAGCGGUGAAGCUGAACUUAUCGAAGAAAGUGCUAGAAGACAGGCACAUAGUGUCGAGGAACCAUUUAUGCCUGAACGUAGAUCAUUCGAACCUAAUGUUGAAGAUACAGCUUACCGGCCGAAUACCAUGCUUCAUCCGUUUGAAAAGCCUCCGGGAAGAACUUUGGAUGGGCCUGGAACGGAUCAAUGGCAAGCACAGGAUGCUCCUAACCCUCUCAGAGGAAAGACACUGGGCAUAUUUUCACCGGACAACAAGAUUCGAUUAAAACUUUGUGAUCUUUUGGUUUAUCCAGUUACUGAACCAGCGAUUCUGGUAUUGAUCGUCAUACAAACCAUUCUCCUUGCCGUGGAUGCCGCCCCUUCUGUAUAUACUCACCCUCGGCGCGCUGACUGGGGUUCUAAAACGGACUAUGCUCUGCUGGGCCUUUUUGCAAUUUUCACCCUGGAAUUAAUAGCACGUAUUAUUGUGUCUGGUUUUAUUGCCAAUGCAGCUGAAUACAGCACAAUAGACCGCCAACGUGGAGCUAGAGCGGCAGUUGUGGACAAGUAUCGAUCCAUAUUCGCGCCUCAGCGAAAAUCAUCUGUCAGAAGAGCACGUGCAUCAUCUUCUGAGGAGACCACAAAUACACAACGACCUAUUGUCAAUACCUUCGCUCAGAUGCAAGCAAUGACCAGCACUGUCGAGCAAGCUCAACGACUACAAUUAGCCAGGAGAGCGUUCCUCAGACAUUCUUUCAAUCGACUCGACUUUUUAGCGGUUGUAUCUUAUUGGAUUGCGUUUGUCCUCAGCAUUCUUGGGGUGGAACAUACCUACCAUCUAUAUGUGUUCCGCAUGUUGAGUUGCUUACGUAUCCUUCGGCUGCUUGCACUUACGAGUGGUACUGCUAUAAUUCUUCGAAGUUUGAAAAAAGCAACUCCUUUGCUACUCAACGUGUCUUUCCUCAUCGGUUUCUUCUGGCUGCUGUUUGCCAUUAUCGGUAUACAGAGUUUUAAAGGAAGUCUCGAUCGUCAGUGCGUAUGGAUUGAUCCUGAUGACAUCCAAAAUACCAAUAAUACGGCAUUUAUCAAUAGCCUUCAAUAUUGCGGAGGACAGUUUAAUAAGGACAACUCGUCUCAUGACCCCUGGAUGGUAUCCAAUUCGUCCAAUCCUCUCUACCCUUUAAACCCUGGUACCGGUUCGUCUAAAGGUUACUUGUGCCCUGAGGGGUCUUAUUGUAUUCAACUUCCUCCCGACCUACUUCCUUUCAAUGGUACAGCAACCUUUGACAACAUAGGGCAGUCUUUAGAACUUGUAUUCGUUAUCAUGACAGGUAAUACGUUUACCGACCUCAUGUAUUACACCACAGACUCCGACUAUCUUGCAGCCGCAAUCUUCUUCGCUGGCGGGAUUGUCAUUAUGAUGCUUUGGCUCAUGAACUUGUUGAUUGCCGUCAUUACUUCAUCUUUUCUGGUUAUUAGAGGAGAGGGCAAAGCAAGUGCCUUUGCUGCCCAAGCUGACGAUGAUCAUCGCGACACGAGUGCAGAUAUACCACGACCGGUGAGUAAGCUAAAGAAGAUGUACGAGAAAACCUAUUGGCUCUGGAUUUUGGUUAUCGUCUAUGGCCUCGUAGUUCAAGCUCUCCGGAGUGCUAAUAUGUCAGACUCUCGUGCAAGUUUCAUCGAUAUCUCGGAGGUUGCGGUGACAUUUCUGUUGCUAAUUGAUAUCGCUUUGCGAUUCGCUUCCGAUUGGCGGGACUUUCACAAACACAAGAAGAACCUAUUUGACUUGGGACUUGCGAUCAUUACGACAGUCAUUCUAGUGCCGCCCAUUCGAAAUUCAGGCCAACCUUAUGCUUGGCUUACCGUGUUUCAAAUCCUCAGAAUCUAUCGGGUUGUCAUGGGCGUCGAAAUAACGAGAUCCUUGAUCAUGUUGGUGUUGGGAAAUGCAAGUGGUAUUGGGAAUCUUGUCCUGUUCGUCUUUCUCAUUACUUUCUUGGUUGCUAUAUUCGCUGUUCAGCUGUUCCGUGGUGAUAUCCCGGCACAAGAUGACGGAGGAGAUACCAUUACAGUGACUUUUGCCACAAUAUUCAAUUCUUUCUUGGGCUUAUAUCAGAUUCUAUCGAGCGAAAAUUGGACCGAUAUUCUCUAUAAUGUUACGGGCAUAAAUAAUUCACGCAAUACUGGCUGGAUCGGAGCAACAUUUCUCAUUGGAUGGUUUAUUCUCGCCAACUUCAUUCUGGUGAAUAUGUUCAUAGCUGUCAUUCAAGAGAAUUUCGACGUUUCGGAAGACGAAAAGCGUAUGCAGCAAGUGAAGGCCUUUCUCACCAGGAAAGAGGUUGAUACCUCUUCUAGCAACCUUGCACUAUCCUCCAUCCUUCGGUUUGGUCGAUCCAAAGCGAAAAAGGAUCCUCUAGAUUAUGGACCAGCAACAAUGGAAAUGUUAUUGAAGGAUGCAGUUGUAAAAGACUUCCUCGAUGACGAAAUUGUCCCGGGACAACACGAACACGCCGCUGAAAAUGCAGCCGCUGAGGCAGCCGGCGUGAAGCCAGGGCUCUUAUCCUCUAUUUGGGGUAAUUUCAUGUCUAGACUUUGGAACAGAGAACCGAAUCCGUUCUAUUCUAAUAUAUCAUUCUCUCUCAAGUCCGACGACUCCCAAGGAACCAGGGCGAUGGCAAAGGAAGCCGUCUCAGCCUCAUCACAACGCAAGAAAGCACAACGAGAAUAUUUGGCCAAACACCCUUCUUACAAUAAUGCAUUGUUCAUAUUCAAGCCCAAUAAUCCCAUCAGGAGACUUUGUCAGAGAUGCGUCGGACCUGGACGCGGGAGUGAACGUUUUGAUGGCGUUGAGCCUAAUUUGUCAAUUUGGUAUGGCUUUUCGGCAUUCUUAUAUAUAUGCAUCGUCGCAAUGGUGUUGUUGGCAUGUAUCACAACACCUCUAUACCAAAGAGAAUACUUCAUAGCCAAUCCAGAUAAGUCGACUGCGAAAAAUUGGUUCGUCUUUUGUGAUUUUAUCUUCGGUUUAAUUUUUACCGUCGAGGCUCUUAUAAAGGUCAUUGCAGACGGAUUCUUUUGGACUCCGAACGCAUAUUAUAGAAGUACUUGGGGUUUCAUAGAUGGUCUAGUGCUUGUUACCUUAUGGAUUAACGUCAUCACCUCAUUAAUGGAUGACGGCGCGAUCGCACGAGCAGUUGGAGCGUUCAAAGCCUUGCGAGCUCUUCGGUUGCUUAACGUCAGCGACAGUGCUAGAAACACAUUUCAUUCCGUGAUUCUUGUCGGUGGUCUCAAAGUUCUUUCGGCUGCCUUUGUUUCUAUGUCUCUCUUGAUUCCUUUUGCAAUAUACGGUGUGAACCUUUUCAACGGCCAGUUGGAGACAUGCAAUGACGGUGACAUCGCGAAUCUGACUGAUUGCUUUGGCGAAUAUUACAGUCAACCAUUUAGUGGUGAUUGGAACGUCGUUUCGCCCAGGCAGGUAGGGAAUCCCUGGUACGAUUUUGAUAAUUUCGGAGCUUCCCUGUUUAUACUUUUCCAAAUCGUAUCCCAAGAAGGUUGGGUCGAUGUUAUGUUUGAGACAAUGUCCAUUACCGGUCGUGGUCUCAAUCCAGGUGAUCCCACCUCUGCCGAGUUCAAUGCAGUUUUUUUCGUCAUUUUCAAUCUCCUUGCUACGGUUUUCAUCCUUACUUUGUUUAUCUCUGUGUUCAUGCGAAAUUACACGGAACAAACUGGGAUAGCAUUUUUGACAUCUGAUCAGAGAUCUUGGGUUGAGUUGCGGAAACUUCUAAGGCAGGUUUCUCCAUCCAAACGUCCUUCCUCCAAGGAUCCACAUUGGUGGAGAGAUUGGUGUUACAAAAGGGCCACUCGAAAGCAUGGAAAGUGGCACUCGGCCAUGACUUUAACCCUUGUCUUCCAUCUCAUUCUACUUUUAGUAGAGUUCUAUCCCGAGCCAAAGAUCUGGGAUACAACCAGAGAUUAUAUAUUCUUGGCUUGCACAAUAUUUUAUACUCUCAACGUUAUCGUCCGUAUCAUCGGUCUGACCUGGCCCCGAUUUCGACGAAGUUCUUGGGAUGUGUUCUCAAUUUUCGCUGUCUUCGGAACCUUAGUUACUACAUUACUCCUUUUGACCAACUUCAACUCUCAGGUAUAUGUUCAGUUGCAUAAGUUAUUCCUUGUCGCCAUCGUCCUACUUCUAAUUCCUCGAAACGAUGCCCUAGAUCAGCUAUUCAAAACAGCAGCUGCCAGUUUGACAGCCAUUGGAAACUUAUUGGCAACUUGGCGCUUCAAGGAGGCUUGGGCUACUUUAGAUCCAGAUGGUACAGGAUUCAUUGAAAAAGAGCACUUUCCAAGGUUGUUGGGUGAACUCUCUGGUGUCUUUGAAAUGCGUGUAUAUUCACAAGAAGAUUCAGUUCGCAGAAUUCUUGAGGAUGUACAAGCAGAACCGAGCAAUGGAAGGUUGAAUUCUAUUUCGAGCCCAAGUGCAUCUAGUGGUAUUGAUUUGAAGAAAUUGAAUGAAAGGAUUUCUCAAAUCGAUGUUGGACGAGUGCGAAGAGAUAGAGCUCGAUUUAAUCUUUUCUAUGAAGAGGUUUUGGUAUCGGCGGACCCUGAUCGUGGUAUUUCUUUUACGACUGUUUUGAUGGUUCUGGCUCAUUACAAUGUCAUUAGUGAUAACAAGAGCUUAAAACUUGAGGAAUUCUUACGUCGUCGUGCACGUUUACAAAGAGUCGAAGAAGAAGUCCGAAGGCGAAUUGUGGUUGGAUUUUUCGAUACUAUGUACUGGUCAAGAAGAUUUAGAAAACACAUGGAAAGAAAGAGAUCUGGCCGCCUGACAGAUAUCCCACAAUUAGGACCAGAAGUUUACGUCGACGAGGUAGAACCAGCUACCAAGAAACACAAAACAACCACAUCAAUCAGCGGCUCCUUAUUAUCCCCAACAGAUAUCACCGAUUCUCGAAACUCUUUCAUCACACAUGGACUCGAUGGUUCACCAUUAAGACAACGUCGCGGUACAGAUGCGUCGAUUAAUACAGCAUUCCCAUCCAUGUCCUCGGCUGUAAGUCCAACGCUCAGUCCACUGCAAGCACAUGGUGCCGGAUCGGCAUUUUCGUUUGAGGGCGUGGGUAUUGAAGGUGCUGGUGCGGCGGGUAUUAGUAGUGUGGCGAGUAGUAGGAGGGGAAGUGCAGUUAGUGCGGAAAAUGUGUUGGAGGUUUUGGAUAAUUCGGCUUGGGGUGAGAGUAUUAGGAGGAGUUUUACGAUGAGGAGGCCUAGUAAGAGGAGUAGUGGGUGA